AUGGGUGCGGGAGACGUGGAAAUUUUAAAAACUUUACAGAGUAUCGGUUUAAGUGAAAGUAAAGCGAAAGAAACACUUAAAAAUAAUGGUCUUACGCAAAAUCUCCUCCAGGCUAUUACUGAGGCAAAUAAAUAUGGACCUGUUGAUUCUCAAACAGGAAUACUUGUUUAUCACUUAGCAAGUAAAAUUAAAUCUCAAAUUAAAGAGCAAGUACCUUUACUGGUAUCAUAUAUUAUGUCUCAAAAAAUUGACUCAACUGUUAAAUUAGAAGCUGCUUUAGACUAUUUAUUGUCAAAUAUCAAAUCAGAUUUUAAUAAGGAAAACUUUGAAGAGUACUGUGGUGUAGGAGUAGUUGUAUCUCCUGAGCAAAUUGAACAAUGUGUAGAAAAUGUCAUGGAAAAAUUCAAAGAUGAUUUAAUUAAAAACAGGUACCAUUUCAAUAUUGGUUUAAUUAUGCAGGAUGUUAGACAGCAAUUAAAAUGGGCUGAUGGAAAAGCCAUUAAAAGUGAAGUCGAUUUGCAAGUUCUUGAUCUUUUGGGCCCCAAAACAGAAGAAGAUAAAAAAAAACCGGUAAAAACUAAACCUGAGAAACCGAAAAGUUCAGUGGAAAAUAAACCUUCAGUGCAAAAAAAGGUUGCUGUCGAAUCUCAAGGUUCGAAUACGAUUGGAGAAUUAAUGAAAAAUAAAGUUCAUUUUCAUAAAGUCGGUGAAAAUUAUAAAACUGAUGGCUAUGUGGUCACACCUAAAACUGCAGAACUAUUGGCAGAGCAUUUGAAAAUAACAGGAGGCAAAGUUAGAACUAGAUUCCCACCUGAACCCAAUGGUAUACUUCACAUUGGUCAUGCAAAAGCCAUUAAUAUUAAUUUCGGAUAUGCUGCAGCUUAUGAUGGAGUAUGUUUUCUUAGAUAUGACGAUACCAAUCCAGAGAAAGAAGAAGAAAAGUUUUUUAUCGGAAUUAAAGACAUGGUCGAAUGGUUAGGAUAUAAACCAUACAAAAUAACUCAUUCAUCAGAUUAUUUUGACAAAUUGUAUGAAUUGGCAAUUGAAUUAAUUAAAAAAGGACUUGCUUAUGUGUGCCAUCAAAAACCUGAAGAUAUAAAAGGUUUUAAUCCACCUCCUUCUCCCUGGAGAGAUCGUCCCAUCGAAGAUAACAUUAGAUUAUUUCAGGAUAUGAAAAAUGGGAAAUUUGAUGAAGGAGAAGCUACUUUAAGAAUGAAAGUAAGGUUGGAAGAAGGAAAAGAAGAUCCUGUGGCUUAUAGAAUAAAAUACGUACCCCACCAUCGUACUGGAGAUAAAUGGUGUAUUUAUCCUACUUAUGAUUACACUCAUUGUCUAUGUGAUUCAAUAGAAAACAUAACUCAUUCAUUAUGUACCAAAGAAUUUCAAUCGAGACGAUCUUCAUAUUAUUGGUUGUGUAACUCUCUUGAAUUGUACUGUCCCGUACAGUGGGAAUAUGGAAGAUUGAGCGUCAAUUAUACGGUUACAUCAAAACGUAAAAUAGCAAAAUUAAUUACCGAAAACAUUGUUAAAGAUUGGGAUGACCCCAGACUUUUCACUUUAUCUGCACUUCGAAGAAGAGGUUUUCCAGCAGAAGCGAUUAAUAAUUUUUGUGCUGGAAUGGGUGUAACAGGUGCUAUGAGUGCUGUCGAUCCCCAGGUUUUAGAAGCCUACGUUAGGGACGUUUUAAACAUCACAGCUCCAAGACGUAUGGUGGUACUAGAGCCGUUAAAAGUAACCAUCACAAAUUUCCCAUCAAAAGACGUCAUUAAAAUCAAUGUUCCCAAUUUUCCCGAUGAUGCUUCAAAAGGCACACAUACUAUUCAAUUUAGUAGUACAAUUUUUAUUGAAAGAUCUGAUUUUAGAGAAGAACAUGAAGCAGGAUAUCGCAGACUUACUAAAGCGCAGCCAGUAGGAUUACGUCAUGCCGGUUAUGUUAUUCAUUUGGAUGAAACUGUUAAAGAUUCAGCUGGAAAUUUACUGGAGUUAAAAGUGAAAUGCACUCCAGUCUCGGAAAUCAAAGUCAAACCGAAAGCUUUCAUUCAUUGGGUUUCAAAUCCGAUGAAGAUAACUGUGAGAAUAUUCGAUCCUUUAUUUCACCAUAAAAAUCCAGAUGAUCCAAAUGAAGUCCCCGAGGGAUUUUUAUCGGAUUGUAACAAAGAUUCACUUCACGAAAUAGAAUCUCUAGCUGAUUUAUCACUUUCCGGAAGUAAAUGUUACGAUACUUUUCAAUUUGAAAGAAAUGGAUUUUUCACUGUUGACAAAGAUAGUGACGAUAAAAGGUUAGUUUUCAACAAAACCGUCUCGCUCAAAGAAGCCUCUGGAAAGGAAUAA